AUGGAUGGAGACUAUCGAACCAGCAAAUUCAUCAAACAUCGUAAUACAGCAAGCUGUGGAAACCGUAAAGGCUCCACCUCCUCACUUACAAGCUGGUUUACCUCAAGAGAUCUCACUGUGGCGCCAACGAAGGGUGAGAAGGCUGCAAUCCCUUGCCCCGGAUAUAACCCAGAUAUUGAUCACCGGGUCCAUACAUAUCUUUCUCGGACUGUGGUACAAGGGGGAGGGGCGCGUCCAUGGCAUCUCUUGUGUGAAGAGCUAUUUCCCCAGCGUGCCACUCACACUAUCAAGCCCGGAACACCGGAAUUUCGGCGGGUGAAAAGGCUUGAGUCCCUAGAGUAUAAAUGGAUUAACUCUCAUGCCCUUGGGGCUAUCCAUUCUCCAAAAUGCUCAAAGGAAAUAUUGGUGUCUGCCGAGAAUUCACUGUCAAACCAAAUCAUCUGUUCUGCCUGCCGCAAUCUCCCCCAUUUGGACUCAUUCCGUACUGCACUAAAUCGCCUGCCUCCACCCCCUGCGCACGUCAAGUACACUCCUCUCUCCUACAUUGAGCCAGAGGUGCGGGACUUGUACCUUCGCCAUGCUGGAGUCGAGGACCUCCUUAAAUCAGGGACAAUUUGGCUGAAAUUAGCUCAAGGACUCCAGAGUGGCGAGUACGAGGCAGAGCCUGUCUUCCGUGGAUUAUUAGAAGCAUUUUCCCAGAGGAUGGAUCGCCUGAAGCACGGAAAAUCGAUGAGAGGAAUUUGGUACCCACCUGCAUUCCACGAGUUUGUGAACAACCUGUCACUUCUGUCACCCGCUGCAUCAAGGGUCUUCACUCGAGCUUUAGGUGGCCCGAAACUCAGGUCUCUGCGUUCCAUACGAGCCAAAGAGCCACGUUUUACCCCCGGAAUUUCGCCCAUCAAUAUUACCAUCGCAAUCGAAACCCUGAAAAAGCUUAACUAUCUCGGUCCAGUCUGUAUUGCCGUCGAUGAUACAAAAAUCCAACCUGGCCUCCGGGCAUUCCAGGACUCCAGCAGUACAUGGUUCGCCAUUGGAAAUGUCGGCGAUCCGAUUUGUAUUAAACAGCCAGAUGAUGCUGAUCCAUCAGCACAAGAGAUAGCAGAUAAGCUUCGAAGUACGAAUACAUUGCAGGCCGAAAAAGUGCGGCUAUAUUUACUCAUCAUACCCCUUCCACGCGUCCCACCAAUACCGCUUGCUGCCAUUGCCAUGGGGCCCAAGACUGCAGCUGUAGACCUCAAGUUAUGGUUUGAUAACAUUUACGCUCUACUUGAGGCUAAAGGUUGCCGUCCAAUCGCUCUUGCAUGUGACGGUGCAAACACUGAAAGGUCACAUCAAAACGUGAUAAUCGAGAGUGCCAGUGACACUGAAAACCACCUUAUUGCCCCUUCCCACCCUCACGCUCGACUCACCAUCAAGAUUCCGCUGCUGAAAGGGCACCCUUUUGUUGCAGUCCAAGAUGCGAAGCACGCGGCAAAGACAGCUCGCAAUCAGUUGACCACUGGAGCUCGCUGUGUUUCACUUGGGCCAGAUCCUAUGAAUUAUAAACAACUGCUUGAGCUAACAUCUCAGGAUGCUCCACUCCUCCGCCGUGAUGUUCAAAACUUAGACCGUCAAGAUGACCGUGCUGCAGCACGCCUCUACGCUGCUGAGACACUCCAUUACAUAAGCACAAAGACGAAAUCAGUAUCACUUGGCACCUAUCUGUUUAUCAUUGGCAAGCUAAUUGAUGCAUGGCAGAACCGGUCACUUACCCAUUCUGAUCGCCUGCUACUUGCCUUACGGUGCCGCUACUUCCUGUGCUACUGGCGUCAGCAUAUACUCGAGCACCCGUUCCACGAGACCAGGAUCCACUUCAUCUCAGACUCAUGUUACAAAAUUCUAACCACGCUAUGCGACAGUCUCAUACAACUCAUUUACAUCCACCGCGAACAUUAUCCUAACAUCCCCUUUAUCCCUUGGCUCUACUCUACCGAGGUCAAUGAACAUGUGUUCGGAAUUUUGCGUUUGAUUAAGGCAGACUUCACUUUCUUGGACUUCAUACAACUCAUUCCCAAGCUCGGUGCAAUCUUCACAAGCGCAUAUCAUGGGGUGGUGAACCAGGAGAAAGCGAAUGCGAAUGCAACGGGGUAUUUUCAUACAUACUUCGAUACUCGUCAUCUCGAUCUUGCUGCUCUCAAGAUGUACCCAACUGACAAUGACAUCGAUGACAUCGCCGUGGUCGCUCAUGAGGAGGCCACAUCACUUUUGAAAGCCCUUGACGUCACAUCUAGCUCAUUUACUGGAAUGUUUACACCACAGGAGCUGGCAUGGUGGGUGGGGCAUGACUCCGAAGAUGAUUUAGACCUUGACCACAUUGGAGAUGAUGACGCUCCUUCUAUGUCAUCUCUCAUGGUCGAGAUCAGGCCCGAAAUUGGUGAUGAAGGUAACAAACAUGUUCAGGCACUGGGACUAGCUGCUGUUGCCGCUAAUUUUCAAAUACAAGCUCAACUGUGCGUCAAUUUUCUCUCAGUUUGGUCUGUCUAA